AAAGUUAAAUAUUGAGAAGAGUGUAAGGUGAGCUGAAACUUAGUAACUAUGAGAUCAAUCACAGCUUCAUUCCGACAGUAGCUACAUAUCCACUGGCAAGCCAGGUGAGAGGCGCCUUCCAGGAAACUGCCAGAUUCUCUAGCACAGCUGAAUGGCUUAUUAUUUCAAAACUCUUGCCGAUAUGUUCCACUAAGGCUUUUCUUUGCUUUGCCUUGGAACAUAUGAAGUUUGCAUAUGAUGAGCUGCGUCGGUUCAAAAGAAAUGCUUAUAAAUGUCCACUAAAACAGAUAGAGACUCACAGGUAGAUGUGACCCACCUAGAUCCCCUCAAAGCAGAAUGGGCUGAAGACAUUGACGUGGAGAGCGUUGACGGAAAGGGGGUGAUGAGGACGGAUGAAGCUCCAGCGCCCCGCAGACUCAGCCGCAGCCCGAAGUGCGCUCGCUGCAGGAAUCACGGCGUCGUGUCGCGCCUCAAGGGCCACAAGCGCCUGUGUCGCUGGCGUGACUGUCCGUGCGCGAACUGUCUGCUGGUCGUAGAGAGACAGAGAGUGAUGGCAGCGCAAGUCGCCCUCCGGAGACAGCAGGCCACAGAGGGUAAAAAAGGUCAAAAAAACACCUCUGUUCUCAGACGCACAGCUUAUCAGCGCUACACGAGGGUACCUAGUCUCCUGGCAAAGAGUAUUCUUGAGGGCUACAAGCCACCUGUGCUGGAGAACUGGCCUAAGAGACUCCACCAACCCCCAGUCAGUGUUCGUAUGAGGAAGAGGAGAGCGUUUGCUGAUAAAGAGCUGGAGACUGUGAUGCUGGAAAGAGAGCUGAGGCAAAGAGAGAUGGAAGAGUUGCCUGUGCUCGUCCUCCAGGCUGUGGUGCCGUCUGCUCCCUCUCCGUAUUUUUUCCCGCUGUCAGACCCAGUCAUGCCUACUUACAUGCCUGUGUCCAAAAGCGGCCCUCCUUUGACUGACUGUGAUCACCCUCACCAUCAACACGUGCUUAAACCCAAGACUUUAGACUGUGGCACAGACAAACUGACAGACAGUGUCUCUCUAAGAGUGUGUGAGAACUGGGAUCUUUUCAAUUCGAUUUGGCCUCCACCACGCUGCUACAGCACAAGCCCAGGUGUCAGCAUGGUUAAAAACAUGCCGGACAGUGGGUUUUCUGAUAUGUAUGUCAAACCAAAAAGUUUAGUUAUUGACACCAUGUCAAAGCAAGACAUUCUUCCCUCUCUGAAUAUGGCAGACAUAGUGGUACAAGCUAAAUCACCCCACAAACGGUACAGAUCAUUGGGACACGAGGCUUCUGUACACAUGGACUGUAUGGAGGGUGCAAAUAAAGACUCCAUCAAAAAAGCUGUAACACGGCCAUUACCUUUUUCUGUAGAGGCAUUGCUCAUGAGAUAAAAAUAUUUUCUUCAGAGCUAACGCUUUACAAUAGGUUUCAGUUUGUUAAAAUGAGGUACUCCAUUAAAUUUACAUUACAUUAACGGCCAAUGUAAUUUUUACACUAUUAAUGUUGUUUAAUGUUAAUAUCUACAUAAAUACAUUUUAAGAUUUCAAGUUAUAUAUUAACAUUACCUACUGUAUUAUGAUUGAACUUUAUGAAUUAACAAUGAACAAUAGCAUGUUUAUAAAGUAACAUGCAUUACUUAUUAAAUGCUGUUAUAAAGCUAAUUGUUAGUUCAUGAUCCCUAAUGUAUUAAGUGAUGUUAACAAAUGAAACUUUUUGUAAAGUGUGACCUUUUCAAUUUAUGUUUGACUGAAACAGUGUUGGGGAGCAUCUAACUAUAAUGCAUCUAUUAACAGUAGCAUUUGAGCAGCGGAGCUUUUUUUUAUAAUAAUGUUAUUUUCCAAUAACAAGCUACUGUACAUUUUCAGACAAGUAACAGUGUAGCGUGACAAAAUGCUACAUAACUCUUUUUUGUCACAUUAAUGCUAUGCAUGCAGUCGAGCAAGCAGAGGAAAUAAUCAAACACUUUCUUAAACUGUUCUCUCUCUCUUAAGUAGUGUUGAGAAAUACGAUUUAUUUAAUGAAUCGGUUCAGUUGAACCAUUCAUGUAAAUGAACCUGUUCAUA